AUGGAGGAGGUUAAGAGACGUCCGAUAAUCGCUGGCAGAGAGAAAGGUUCGUAGAAGACAUCUAUUAUGUAACAUGUUUAAAUUAAAACUUUAAUUUAGUUCACAGGGACAGUGCUCAACACUGUCAUACUUCUGUUUUAACGUCAAUGGAAAAGUGAAAUGUAAACUGGAGUAGGAUGAGUAUGGAGGGUAAACUCACAAUUGUAUUUUUGUUUUACAUGACUGGAAAAUAAACAUGAUCAUUAUCAUCACCAUCGUUACUCAUUGCUAGGGCCAGGCCCCGGUCGCUAUGCUCUCCCUACAACCAUUGGCUACAUCAAUCAUGACCUCACCAAGCCCAGUAGCCCCGCCUACUCCUUCCACAGACGUAUGAGCAGCAACAGUAAGUCUCUGAGGUCAAUCUCAGUCUCCUUGCCUAUUUCUCUUGUAUGGUGAAUAGACCUUAUUCACACCACUGCCAUGAGGAUUCACACUCCAGGCUAGUAGGGCAGGAAGCAGAAGUCUAUGGAAAAUACUGCUGAAGUGUUCCUCAAGUUUGACCUUUAAAUUCACCUUUGACUUUUAUUAAUAUGAAUUAUUGUGCGUUCUUCUCCACAGUGUUCUCUGUGGAUUCCAGUCCAGGACCCCAGUACCACAUCGAUGCCAAGAUGACCCGGUUCGGCCGCGUCGGUACCCCUUCUUACUCCAUGCUAGGCAGGGCAAGACGCGCCGGUGAGACUAGCUACUCCCUGAAUCAGAUAAAUUGUUCCAUCAAACUCUAUUAUGCCAAUGGGCAUUUAUUGCUGGACAUUCUUUACAUUCUCUCUCUCUCUCUCUCUCUCUCUCUCUCUCUCUCUCUCUCUCUCUCUCUCUCUCUCUCUCUCUCUCUCUCUCCAUCACUCUCACUUCUAGCUGAACUCUUCCAGACUCCAGGUCCAGGUGCCUACAGCCCAGAGAAAGCUCCGCCCCUAAACGCUCAUCUCAGACCUCCCUCCUACACUAUUGGCUCUCGGACACGCUACCGUAUAAUGGAUUCUGUGCCCGCCCCUAACAGGUACAAAUGAAAGAGAAGAGAGAGAGAGGGUAAAGAGGGACCCUAUAUCAUUCAUAUCAUUCUAAUCAUCCUCCCAGGUACACCCUCCCUAACCUGCUGGGUUCUCAGGUGCCCCACAAGCCGUCCAGUGCCAGCUACAGCUUGGUGGGGCGCAGACAGGUUGGUGCUCCAUCAGAAGACCUGUCCAUGACCCCUGGACCAGGACGCUACAACAGAACUGAUCCCAGUGUCUACCUCACACGACAGCCCUCCUUCUCUAUGCAGGUUUAUAGCUUUAUCUUUUAUUAAUUUAUGUAUGGUAUUUAAUUAGCCUUUAGCUAUUUAUUUACAAUUGAAUAUUUUGUAUAGUAUUUUCUUGCAUAUAUUUUCCUCUAGACUAGAGUAUUGUGAUGUUUUCAAUGCCCUUGAAAUUAUGUUGGAUGUGAUUUUGAUUUUGAUCCAGAGCCGGACCACCCGGCCGAGUGAUCAGUCUCAGAAACCUGGGCCAGGGACCCACAGCCCGGAGAAGGUCCUGCUCCAUCUCCCCAGACCUCCUGCCUUCUCCCUGGGCAUCAGACACUCGGAGUUCGUCACUCCUCUGGUGGUGGUUGUUUCCGACUGA